AUGGCGUCUGCUCCAGACUACAGCUCCUACAGCCAGGCUGGUGCCCAGCAGGGGUAUGCGUCCUACACCGCACCGGCCUCUCAGGGGUAUGGACAAACUGCUCAGCAGGGCUAUGGGCAGCAGGGCUACAGCUCUUAUGGUCAAACUGCUGCUGCAGACGGCAGCUACAGCCAGGCGACUCCUGCUGCUGCUGGAGGCUACGCUCAGCCACAGCAAACACCACAGCAGCAGUACGGCUCUUCUUAUGGACAAGCUGCUUCAACGGGAUACCCUGCAGCUCAGACCACCGCAGCCCAUGGCUACUCUCAGACUGCCCAGGGUUAUGGAACCAGUGGAUAUGACAGUGCUGCUGCUACUCCAGCUGCUACUGCUGCUCAAUCCUAUGGAUCUCAGACUGGGUAUCCUGCUCAGUCCUCUUACCAGGGCUAUGGUCAGCAGGCAGCCCCCGCUGCUCAGCAGAGUUACAGUGCCAAUGGCCAGCCUGCCGGCUACAGCCAGACCGGUUACUCACCUGCAGCAUAUGGCCAACAGCAGGCUGGAUAUCAGGCCCAGCAGUCAGGCUAUGGGCAACAGCAAGGAGGCUACGGGCAAACGCAAGCACAGCAACAGGCUCCUCCAGCGUAUGCCCAGCAGAGUGCAGGCUCAUACGGUCAGCCUCCAGCCAGCCAGUACAGCCAACAGGGUGGACCACCCGGAUACAGCCAGGGAAACCACUACAACAGUUACCGUCAGGAUGGGCAGGGUGGUGGCUCUGGGUACCCAGAGUCCAGGUACCCCGGAGGUGAUGGCAGGGGCAGGGAUGGGUUUGACCGUGGAGGAAUGAUGCACAGAGGGCGUGGAGGCCGUGGCAUGGGCGCUGGAGACAGAGGUGGCUUCAGUAAGCCUGGUGGACCCAUGGGUGGCGAUGAGGAGCGCGAUGCCGGACGUCCUGAGGAGCAAGACGACUCUGAGAACAACACGAUCUACAUCAAAGGACUGACUGAGAGUGCCACUGUGGAAGAGAUGGCUGAGUUCUUCAAACACGUCGGCCCCAUCAGGAUGAACCGUCGACUUGGAAAGCUUGCUAUUAAUUUAUAUGAAGACAGAGAUACUAAUAAGCCCAAAGGGGAUGCCACUCUGUCGUACGAGGAGCCAGCCAUGGCUAAAGCUGCUGUGGAGCAUUUCGAUGGCAAAGAGUUCCAGGGCAGGAGGCUGAAUGUGUCCAUGGCGCGUCGUAAGCCAAAUAACAUGGGAGGCAUGAGGGGGGGAAUGCCGAUGCGUGAUGGUAUGAUGGGUCGGGGAGGAGAUCGUGGUGGGUUCGGCCCACGAGGAGCACCCCGUGGAAUGGGCCGAGGUGGACCUUCUGGAGGAAACUUGCAACAAAGAGCUGGAGACUGGGAGUGUCCGAACCCAGGUUGUGGAAACCAGAACUUUGCCUGGCGCAUGGAGUGUAACCAGUGCAAAGCCCCUAAACCUGAUGGCAUGGGUGGAGGUCCUCCCUUCCCCCCUGGUGGUGACCGAGGCAGGGGCGGCAUGGGCAUGCGUGGUGGCAGGGGCAUGGAUCGUGGAGGCCCAGCUGGAGGUGGACCAGGAGGACCUGGCUUCCGUGGAGGUUGGGGAGGUGACCGUGGGGGUUUCAGGGGAAGAGGCAUGGACCGGGGAGGCUUCAGGGGACGUGGGGGUCCACCCAUGGACAGGAUGGGAGGCCGUGGCAGAGGGAUGGGCCCUCCUGGAGGAAAGAUGGACAUUAGGGAGCACCGUCAGGAGCGCAGGGAGCGCCCCUACUGA